GAGGCGCGUCCAAACCCUAAAAGCAACCGCCACUUUCGAUUGCUCCCUCCCACCACUCACUCACCCCUAACGACGAUCGCUCAUGGCGCCUUCCACCUCCGUCGCCGAUCCUCAGCCAUCUUCAACCACCGAUUCAUUCAAUUCCAACGCCGCCGCAGAGAAUGAUAUUCGGCCGUUCUUUGUCCUCCACAAGGCUUCGUCUGGGAGUAAACCAACCGCGACGGUGAAAGCCAAACGGAGGAUCGAGUCGCCUUCACCCAAACUCGCUAAGAAGUCUGAGAUCGAAAGCGUGGAAGAAGAAGACGGCCAGUUUUUCUCAACGCUGCGCUUGAAAGUUUUCGAGACUGUUUGGUCGAAAAUCGAGAAUACAAUCCAAGAUGUUCUGAGAGAUUCGAACUCCAAAGUGUUCAGUGGAGUGCAUAAUUGGAUAUGUGAAUCAUUUGAAUCGGUUAGAUCAUCUGGAGCACUGAGUUUAUCAGAAGCUGUUAGGUCUUAUCCUGUUUUAUCUCAGCCUUCUUCCAAGCAGUUGUUUACUGCUUUGGUCCUCACCAGGAAUUUGGAAAUGGUUGAUGAUUUAUCUACGUUUGAAGAUCUUGGUUUGCACUUGAAGUCUCAAGGAUGUCAUGUGGCUAAGCUUUCAUCCAUGGACUUCUCUGCCAAGAAUGGCGUAGGAGGUUGCCUAAGGGGUUUGUUACGACAGUUUGUGAUGCCAACCAUAGAUGUGGCUGAUGUAACCGUUCUCGCAUCAUGGUACAGAGAAAACGGAAACCAUAAGAACCCCGUGGUUAUAAUCGUGGAUGAUACAGAGAGAUGCUCUGGGUCUGUCCUGUCAGAUUUGAUUCUUAUAUUGAGCGAAUGGGCAGUCAAAGUACCAAUUUUUUUGAUAAUGGGGGUGUCCACAGCACAUGAUGCGCCUAGAAAAAUACUAUCAGCGAACGCGCUGCAGAGACUGUGUGCCAGUAGGUUCACCCUGAGUUCUCCCGCUGAACGUAUGGAUGCAGUUCUCGAGGCUGUUUUCUUAAAGCCAUGUUCUGGGUUCACCGUUAGCCAUAAGGUGGCACUUUUCAUGAGAAGUUAUUUUUUGUGUCAAGAUGGAACACUGACAUCAUUUGUUAAAACUCUCAAGAUAGCUUGUCUUCAGCAUUUCUCAUUAGAGCCCUUAAGCAUCAUGCUCGAGCACUUUUGUCAAGAUAAUCAGCUGCCAGGUGAAGGUACUGGUCUUUUAACAGAAGCAACAAUGAAGCAUGCAUUUGACUUGCCAUCUGUGACGAGGAAUAAAAUUACUCGGAGUACUUGUGAAAUGCUGCCUCAAUUUUUGUUGGACUUGCAAAGGAUGCCUAAUCCUUGGAGCAUAGUAGUUUUGUGCAUAUACGAAGCUGGGAAGUUUGAUAAACUUCGAUUGCUAGACAUUUUCUGUGAGACACUUGACCCAGAAGCACGUUACUUGAAAUACUUUGCACCUUCAGCAAUCCUCAACAGUCAGAGUCACGUUUCAGGACGUAAUAGUGUUAUCAGACGGGUGCUGCGCAAGCUUAGGGAUCUUUCUCCUGCACAGUUGUCUAGCUUGUUAAAAAGCUGGGAAAGUCUGACUGCGGAAUUCAGUGAGAUCAAUGAAAAAGUAAUGGAAUUGCAUCCGUUCAUGAGAAAUGUGGAAGCAGCUGGUCAGAGACCAGGACUACCUACCAGCCCAAAAAAACAUGCAUCCCGAAGCCACUCGAAGCUUGAAAAGGAGCUUAAAGCCAUGACUGAUAAGAUUUCGGCAGUUAUAGAAUUCAUGCUAAGGGAAUAUAUGAAGCCAGUUGAGACUGUUCCUUUCAAUGAAAUUUUAUGUUUCAAGAAUGUCGAUAAACUUCAAUCUGCUUUACUUGGAGACCCGAGAGGCAGGAUCCAAUCAGAUCUACUAGAAUCUCACAGUAUUCUCAACUGUCUUUGCUGCAGCCAAAGAGGCACAACUCUAUUGCCUUCCAUGCACGAUACCUCGAUUUUGUACGCACUGGCGCAAGAGCACGCGGAUGUUAUUAACCUCCAUGAUUGGUACCAAUCUUUCAAGACGAUACUUAUACCACGGAAUAGCAAAGCAAAAUCAAAAUCAAAGACGACUUCAAAAUCGAAGAAACGGAAAGAAAGAUGCGAAGAGCCAGAACCACCUGCUGAAGCUUCAAUUCAAGCUCGAUUUUGCAGAGCUGUAAUGGAACUUCAGAUUGCUGGACUUAUUCGCAUGCCUUCAAAAAGACGUCCUGAUUUUGUGCAGAGAGUGGCCUUUAGUUCUUAAGAAUAGUUUUCAGUACUUCCAUUGUAAGCUUACUUAUACUAUAUAGUUUCACCCUCAUGUAAUCUAAUAGAUAUGUCUGGGGUUUCUGAAUUGAUUGUCUUAUGUGGGUUCCAUACUAUUAAAAGUAGAAUUAUUAUGAACA